AAAAUGAAAAGACCAUUUAUCCAAAUUGAAGCCCAUCCCGUAUAUUCCGACCUCCCUCAAAUUGGUUGCACGACAACGACAAGCACUCGUAAUUUAAUCCCGAACACAGAUACUGGAUAAACAUAAACUAUCCCACUUUUCAAUAGAUUACCUUCAAAAUCUUUGCUGGAUAUUUUUCUUCGAGCAAAAAGAUCCGAAACAGAUUAAUUUUCAUCGCCAAAUGCAAUCACUUAGUUUUAAUCUUACUGCCGGAACCAAAGUGUCAUGGCCUGGUCGAUUUAAUCAGGGAGAUGGAAGUAAGCAACAAAUUCACAUCAGAGGAAAUGUGAAGAUGUUUAGAAUUAUGGCGUGUGCGCCUGAGAUGAAUAGUGGUGCAGAGAGCCAGAGUUCUAGUCCGAGUCCGAGUCCGAGUCCAAGUGAGAGUUCCUUCCUUUCCCGUAGCCAGACCUAUGCACUUUUGAAACAGCAAAUGGAAGUCGCCACCAAAUCUGAGGACUACAAGCAGGCAGCGAGACUUCGUGAUUCAUUGAAAAUAUUUGAGGAUGAAGAGCCUGUUUUGCGGCUUAGGAGAUUGUUGAAAGAGGCUAUUGCAGAAGAGAGGUUUGAGGAUGCAGCGAGGUACCGUGAUGAGUUAAAGGAUGUCGCUCCGCAUUCUCUCUUGAAAUGUUCGAGUGACGCAACCACACUGGGUAUCAGGGUUCAAGUUAGAAGCGUGUAUAUAGAAGGUCGAAGUCAUCCAUCAAAAGGCCUUUAUUUUUUUGCUUAUAGAAUAAGAAUUACCAACAACUCAGAUCGUCCUGUUCAACUUCUGAGAAGGCACUGGAUCAUCACUGAUGCUAACGGAAAAACAGAAAAUGUCUGGGGAAUUGGUGUCAUUGGUGAACAACCAGUAAUACUUCCCAACACUGGUUUUGAAUACUCAUCUGCAUGCCCAUUAGGAACUCCAAGUGGAAGAAUGGAGGGUGACUUUGAGAUGAAGCAUAUUGAUAAGGUAGGCUCACGGACGUUCAAUGUUGCCAUUGCUCCUUUCUCUCUAUCCAAAGUUGGAGAUGGCAGUGACACCUUUUCAGAUGGGAGCUGAGAAUGUUGUGAAGAAAGUAAGAGGGAGGUUUAGCACGUCAUUUGCACAACUUAUAUAUAUAGUUUUAGGCAAAGUCUGUGUUGUAAUUGCUUGGUAGACAAUAAACUCAUGAUAUCUGAUUCGUUGGGUGUUAGAUCAAAUGUUGCCCAUAGAUGUAACAUAUUCCUUCGGGUAGCAAAUAUGGAUUUUAGGGAUCUCUUGUAUUGAUGUGGAUGUCAUUGAUUCACAUCUUGCAAGCUUGAAAGAUCAUUUGUAAUUUGCAAAUGUAUAUAGGAUGUAAUUGAACUGUUUAUAUGUUUUCUUCGGCCUUUUGGCGAGGUAUAUAUGUCCAUUAGUUUGAACU